UGUACUUCCGGUGCUGUGACCUGUGUUUAUCGUCUGUCUCGUCAAAUAUAGAAAAUAGCUGUGAAAACUAAAACCUUCUUUGCCCCGGUUCCUCGAUUCCAGAGCUUCGGUCACCUGCAGUGAUUAGUCGAUACCUCUCGAACAUGAAUUCUGACACAACCGCUUCCUGUCGACAUGUUUGCUCGCGGAGCGACUUUCCACAGCGGAGGCGAAAACAAGUGAGCUAGCUGGCUGCUCCGCCGCUAACAGAUUAGCAUAGCGUCGGGCUGAACACGGAGCCGCUGCACGGCUAGCAAGUGAAGCGGUGGUGAAAAAGACACCAGUCUCCUUUUCAUAAGCUAAAACUAGAGUUCGUUUAUUUAAAUUUUACUCUUUAAAAUAUGACCAUGGCCUGCGGUUUCCUACACACGAAUGAGUCAUCCCCCGCGGCUCUGACAGACCUGUGUCUGACCUAUGUGAGCCAGAACCUGGACUGUUUCUCCGUGAAGCGCCCGGACGGCUCCCUGUGCUUCAGAGAGGCUGUGCUCUUCCCACAGGAGCUAGCAGACCAGCUGCUGGCCAAGAUGGCCACUGAAGGUCUGUUGAAUGACAGCACAGUGGGUGUAUUUCGGAACUCUGAAUACCUGCGGCUGAGACGGGCCUGCAUCCGCACAGCGCGUAUCUCUGCCGAGGCAUUCCAGAAAGCUCUCUGUCCCCACAGACUGUUGGAGCUGGAUGCUGCCAGGGUCAAUGCAGACCUCACUAUUCAUGAUAUCCUACAGGGACUGGCCUCCAAUAAAUACUGUCAGGACUCGCUCCAGCGUCUUGGCUUAACAGGUCUCGCCAUGUCCUCUCUGGAGGAACCAAUCCGGUAUCGCUUCAGCUCCCUCCAGGGCCUCCGCUCACUCUCUCUUGCCAAUGUAGACUUCUAUGACUCUGGGCUGGUCGACGUUUGUUCCCUGCCUCGAUUAGAGAGCCUCGAUAUCUCCAACACCUCAAUCACCAACCUCACUCCACUGCUGGGCCUGAAGGAUCGGCUGCGAUCACUGACACUGCACCAGCUGAAGAGGCUGGAAAUGAGCACUGCUCAGCUGCUGGGACUCAUACGCCAGCUGGAUGUAUUGCAACACCUGGACAUCAGUGAUGAUAAGCAGUUUACCUCUGAUGUGGCUCGUCAGCUGCUUGGACAGCCAGGGAUUCUACCUGACCUCGUCUCCCUGGAUGUGUCGGGGAGGAAACAGGUUACAGAUGCAGCUGUUAAAGCAUUUGUUGAUGAGAGGCCGGGGAUGACCUUUGUGGGACUUCUGGCCACAGAUGCUGGUUUUUCUGACUUCCUCUCUGGAGAAGGAAAUCUGAAGGUCACAGGCGAAGCCAAUGAGACCCAGAUUUGUGAGGCCCUGCGCCGCUACAGUGAGAGGGAGGGUUUUGUGAGGGAAGCUCUAUUUCAUCUGUUCAGUUUGACCCAUGUCAUGGAGAAACCACGGCCUGACAUCCUAAAGUUGGUAGUUUUGGGUAUGAAGAAUCAUCCUGCCACUCUGAAUGUUCAGCUGGCAGCAAGUGCCUGUGUGUUCAACCUGACAAAGCAGGACCUGGCAGCAGGGAUGCCAGUCCGACUCUUGAGCACCGUCACUCAGCUCUUACUGGAGGCCAUGAGGACUUUCCCAAACCACCAGCAGCUGCAGAAGAACUGCCUGCUGUCCCUGUGCAGUGACCGCAUCUUGCAGGAGGUUCCAUUCAACAGGUUUGAAGCUGCCAAAUUAGUGAUGCAGUGGCUCUGCAACCAUGAAGACCAGAAUAUGCAGAGGAUGGCGGUGGCUAUUAUUUCCAUACUGGCUGCUAAGUUGUCCACAGAACAAACUGCUCAGCUAGGAGCAGAGCUGUUCAUAGUGAAGCAACUGCUCCACAUUGUGCGUCAGAAGGCCACUCAGGGCGUGGUGGAUGCCACCCUCAAAUUUACACUGAGCGCACUCUGGAACCUCACGGAUGAGUCACCAACAACCUGCCGCCAUUUCAUCGAGAACCAGGGGCUGGACCUGUUUAUUAAAGUUCUAGAGUCCUUCCCCAUUGAGUCUUCUAUUCAGCAGAAGGUUCUCGGUCUACUGAACAACAUAGCAGAGGUCGGGGAGCUGCACGAAGAGCUGAUGGUGCAGGGGUUCCUGGACCACAUCAGCACUCUGCUGCACAGCUCAGAGGUGGAGGUCAGCUACUUUGCCGCAGGCAUCCUCGCACAUCUGACGUCACGAGGAAAGGAGGCCUGGACGCUCAGCGCAGAUCUGCGGUCUUCGCUGCUGGAGCAACUGCAUGCUGUCAUUAUGAAGUGGCCCCCACCAGAGUGUGAAAUGGUAGCAUACAGGUCUUUUAACCCCUUUUUCCCUCUUCUGGAGUGUUUUCACACCCCUGGUGUCCAGCUGUGGGCAGCAUGGGCCAUGCAACACGUCUGCAGCAAGAACGCCGCCCGCUACUGCAGCAUGUUGUUGGAGGAGGGCGGCCUGCAGCAGUUGGAGCGCGUCCACACAAACCCACAGACUCACAAAGACGUCAAACUGCUGGCUGAGAGCAUUCUGGAGAGCCUGCAGCGCCACAGAGCUCGUACCGGCCAGCCAGCACACUCGCACACAAGUCGAUGCCCACCACCCCAAUAAUAUCACAGAGAAAACAAAGCUCCCUGACCAAGAAAGAGACACUUCAAAGGGAGGGGGGUGCCACCACUAAGGGGCUUCUGUAUUUGUGCGUACUUGUCUGUGGUAUUUGUAUCUAUCACACAAACAUAUUUCAUCAAGAAUCCCCAGAGUGGUCAAGGACAGAGAAUACGCAAUUCUUUGCACACACUAACCCUAUUUAUUUUCUUUGUGUUUGUUGUGCUAAUGUUUAUGAAAAAAUUAAAAUAUGAUAAGCUGUUGGUCAGUUAAGCUCAAAUCUCAUGAGGCCUGUGUUUGUGCUCGUUCUCAUUAGUGUGACUUCUGCAUCCUGAUUUUCAUACCAAAAACAUGUCCGUGCACACACAUACGAAUCUCAGUUUGGGAAAGCAAGCAGCCCUAUGAACUGAAAGUUUAUCCAAGGCUCUCGCCACUCUCCAGCCCCCUGUACUGUCACUUAGGGCUCUGCCUGUCUGAAUUGGUUGAUCAGCUCAUUAAAUAUACGCAUGACGCCACUUUGAGCUCGAGCAUGCUGGAGUUAGUCCAAAUUGUUGUGCUGUUCAUUUUAGAGAUGCCUGCCUGUUUGUUUAUAGCAGUGUUCCGUUCACUGAAACCCCACGGCCUCUGGGUCUGCAGUACUACUGUUGCUCUCCUCUUCAUUUAGUCUUUUUAUCAGCUAAUGCGUUUGAUUUGAUGUGACAGGACACUUGCCGAGGGUGUGUUCAGUGGGUUCAAAUGUUCCAGACAUUACAGAUGAAAACCUAAAUUACAGAGAAGUUAUGUCUCUUGAAGAAGCUGCAGUGCUAUUUCUUUUAUGAGCAUUUGGCUGCCCCAAGUCAGUUGAAUCCGCAAGCAAGCCAGUGAUGCUGUAAAUCAAACGACCCAGAGUAGGUCUCACAUGAUUUAUUGAAAUGAAAAAGAACUAAACGCAAUUAUUUCUGGUUUAAGUGCAAAUGUCCAUUCUGGAUAAUGAUGUGGUCAGUAAAGUCAUGAAGGUUGUACAGAUGUGCAUUAAGUGACAGCAGUUUUCUCUUUGAGAAACUGGUGUAUAUAUUGGUAUGUUAGCUGUGCUUCCCAACCAGUCCAGGUGUUGUAAAGACAGAGACAGCACUUCUCUGUGAGCAUGUGUGUAUGUACGUCUGUACAAGUAUCAGCAUCUUAAAGACUGUUUGUCAUUUGUACAUAUUAGAAAACACCAGAGAAAUAGUGAUUGCACCGGUUGCAUGAUAAUUAUUCUAUUGUAUGUUCCAUUGUUUGUUUCUGAGUAAGAGAAACAUGCAGAACAAAGAGAGGGGAAGUUGUGAUGGGGGUUAGGGGAGGUAGUGGAGUUGAGAGUUAUUUCCCUUUUCUGAAACCACUCGUCCACCUCCAGGAUUUUACUAGGUGCAUCUCUGUCGUCCAGAGAAUGUGCUGUGAGAGCUGACCCUGACACCCACCUUCGUCAUGGCUCCUGUAUCCAUUCUCGAUGCAAACCAAACUAAUGUCACUGUUACAACAAAUUGCUCAUUGAAUUCAUCAUUUCCAGGCAACAUGGAUCUUGGCUCCAGCAGUAACGACAGUGACAGGUCCCAAUGCUUUUAUAGAAAAUGAAAUCAAUGUAAUAUAUUGGGCUACAACCGGUAGUUGAAAAUACCAGUGAGCAAAGCACACAUCAGCUCCUCUGCUCAGUGAAUUAUGGCCUUGUUAAUUCUGCACGUGUCCCAGGCUGAUGAAGAGCUGCAGAUGACACAGAACAUGUUUUUUGUUCUCUUCUGUUGCUCCUGCUGAUGUGAUGGAUUGUUUUGUUAAGCCCCUGAACACCUCCCUGGAUGAAAGGCAGUUUUUUAAAAACAAGAAUUUAAUCAGAUAGGAAAUGCAAACCAGUUAAAGAUGCUGUAUGUCUGCUAUGACGGUGUCAUGUUGCUGCUGAGUCACGUUUUCAAGUUUGAAAAAAUAAAGAAUGUACAUUCCCAUAAACUGGA